AUGGACGACGAGAUGCGCUUAAUCAACUUCAUCAGUGAUAUCCCACAAGAUGUAAAUCCUUAUGAAGCAACGAUCAAAUAUCUUGAAGAUGCUACAACGCCUCCAACGCUACCACAUUGGGCGCGUCUGACUUUGAGAUUUUUUAUAGGUUGCUAUGCUCUGACGUUUAGGGUGAUCACUGUGACGCGUCUUGGCCUUUGGAGAGUUGAUGUCCCCAACAUGUCUGGCUUGGCUUAUUUUCUUUAUCCGCCGCUGGUUAUCGCAGAUUUGACAUUGCAGCAAAAGAUUGAUGAAGGAGAAUUAGACUUGACAAAUAAGUGGCCAGAAGCCUCGAGGCAUGGUCGAACGAUUCCACUGCCACGUUAUGUGGUGAUUACAAUGAAUACCUUAUUCGUCUGUGUGCUAACUUGGAUCAUACCCUGCGUUAUUAUUUUAACGACUCAAUCUAACGAAGAAUACAAGAUCAUAAGACGCAUCCUCGGUGAAAUUCUUGCAGUGCUAAAAGACUACAGCUCUAAAUUUGAUCCGAACACAGAUCAAUCGUCUAGGCUCAUAGCUGCAUUACUUCCAGCUAGGGAGAUGUUAUUACAUGAGAGAAACAUGGCCCGGUACUUGCGCAUCGCUCUGAUAAUUGGUUUGUCGAACUUGAUAUUGCUGUGUCUGUUGUAUGCACCUUUGUUGAAGAAUUCCAUUGGAGCAAUUCAACGACGCACAGAAGAGUGCACAUUCGCGGUGGCAAUAUCUCCCUUUGAUCAAACAGGGCAAUUUGCACACAUCAAACAUCGAGUUAGGCAGGAGUAUUGGACAUCCUUUAUCCAUGGACUGGCAGUUUACAUGACCGCCCUGGCACUGGUACCAAUAUUGAUCUGGCAAGUGUCUUUUCCCGGUCCAGCAUAUAUGCGCAGCCGGACUUGGCUCACAGUGACGCAGAUCGGAAUGCAUGGCCCGUUUGCAAUCAGUGGCAAUGCCAUUGAGCUUUUGUUAAACCUACAGGCUAGAAGGCUGCUAGAUCUGUAUCGCAUUCAACAAAAUGCUUCCCGCGCAAUCUCACGAAAUGGCACAAGCCAGUUACAUCUUCAAGUCAGUUCAACUGACAGUGCCGGUGUCACAGAUACUGCCCAGCGAGAUCCGUUAUCCUUGGACGACAAGCACAUGGAGCUAGAGGUUAACAAAUAA